AAAGGAAAAAAAAAAAAAAAACCCCUGACAGUUGCUUGCACGAUCUUCAACAAGCAAAGAAACAACCUUUUUGUGAGCUUCCCAUUGUGAACCCAAACCUUCUUUCACUUCAUUUUUUUUCAGUUACCUUUUUUCUUAGCUUUCUGGUUAAGCACAGAGAGAAAUAGAGAAAAAGGUAUAACUUCCCCUUCCUUCUUGUCAGCGGUUUCUAAUCCUUCGUUUUUACUUACAUUCAAAAGGGCUGCUUUUUUUUUUUGCUUUUUUUGGGUUUUCUGAAAGAAAACGCAACAUGGGUUUUGGUUUUUGUAUUGUUUGGAGCAAUAGGUUUCUUGGAAAAUGUGAUUUUUGAGCUGGUUUUGGGAGCAAACUUCAGCUUUUUCUUCUUCUUUGUCUUGUGAAAAAUCAAGCUGGAGAUGCCAAUUGAUUUUUCAUGAUAUUUCCAAAUCGAAAAUGUAUGGUGAAGUGAAGCUCUUUGUUGUCCGGAUCGAUGUGAAGUAGCUGUAGACAAAUUUUAUAUUCACUCCAACCUAAAUAAUAUCUAGUAUAAUACCAGCAUAGAACUAGGAUUGUCUGUUCUAAACUUUUAUUCUCUUCUCCUACGUAUUUCAUGGCUGAGGAGAGUAUAUGUUCACCAGUGACACCGGAUAUUAACUUGCCAGAUGUGGGUAAUUCACGAAGAAGCUCCUUGUCUGGAGCAAGUUUUGGAAACAGCAGGGAAAAAACUCUUCCUCGGUAUCUGAGAGCUCCUACGGGUUCUUGUCAUGAUUUCUGCAAAUACGGGAAGAAACAUGAGUCUGAAGAAAAGGCUAGACAUUCCUUUCUGAAGAGGAUUAUGAAAAAGCAAUGUGAUGAACCAAAUUCUCUUGAGAGCUUGGAAUUGCCGCAAAGGAAGAAGACAUCCGCAGUUAAGUCCAAAUCUUUCCCCAAUUCCAGAACUCAUACUGCUGGUACAUCUGAGGUCAUCAAGCCUCAAGCGUCCACAGACUCUCCUGAUGGAAAUAAUUCUAGGAUGCAUAUUCUGACAAAGAAAGAAAAGACAUCAGUGGCAAAGAUCAAGCUGAAAAGUUCUCCCAAUUCCAGAAGUCAUUGCCAUGAUCCCUCUGCCAUCGAGCUUGAAGUGCCCACAAACACUUCAGAGAGAAAAACUUCCAGGAAACAUGAAAAACAGUCAGAGGAGAAAAAGACAUCGACAGAAAAGGUCAGAUCUUCACCCAAUUUAAAAUCCCGCCUAUCUGAUGCCCAUAAAUUCAUGCAGCAGGAUGGAUCGUCAUAUUCUGAGAGAGUAGGAGUUUCUUCAAAAGAAGUUGCAUCAAAAGCUAAAGAGAAGAGCUUUUCUAAAUGGCGCACUUCUUCUUUGAAGCUGAAAUCUCAGGCAGAAAACCUUCCUUCUUCUGUCCCUUCAGAAGGUUUAAGUGUCAGGAGAAACAGUGGAAUCAGUGAUAUGAAGAUGGGAAAAAGGACUGUGACCUCCAAAGUAGCUAUAAAGAAAGCAUCGGCAUUGCCAAGAGCUUCAUUGUCCCCAAGACCACUAAUUAGAGCCACAAGCCUAAAUGCAAGAAAGAAGAGGAACCUGAAAGUUGUGCCUCCACAGAGAAAUCAAAACAAGAUAAAAAAGGCUGAAACAGAGCAACCUGUCAAUGAACAUGAUGGAUGCGACAAUGACACACUUCAGGAGAAAACCCUGUAUGUUAUCAAGAUGGAGACAGAAAAUAUAAUGUUGGAACCUCAUAAAAAGGAAAUUUGUGCUGCUGAAUUGUCUCGACCUGUUGUUUCAUCUCCCAAGUCUGUGUCUCCCCCUAUAUCUCCAUCUUUUUCAUCCCAUAGUGGAAGAGAUCAAGAUGAAUCUGAGUAUAUAGUGACUGAUGCUGAGGAUGACUCUGACUCUGAAUAUGAUGAAGAUGAAACUGCAAAUACGGAAGUAGAAGUUUUGGACGGGGAAAAUGGAGGAAGGCCCAGAAAGGCUGGGAUGGUUUUCUCAAAUGAUAAGGAUUGCCAACCCGUGAAAUUAUCUUUUAGGAGAGGAAAGGUUGUUGACAUUCAGUCUGAGAAUAAUGGUCCAAGGAGGCUCAAGUUUAGGCGAGGAAGAGUACUGGGGGAGAACCAAAAUGUUAAGGGUGAAGGCCAUAGAACUUUUAGGAGGAGAGGAGUUGCUGGUGACAUGAAUGACCAUAAACAUGAUGGGGAAAAGGUCGUUUUGAGACACCAGGAUGUGCAGGGGAAGAAAGAUGAAAAGGGUUUGUUUAAUAACGUCAUUGAAGAAACUGCUAGUAAACUUGUUGAAACCCGAAAAAGUAAGGUUAAGGCCUUGGUUGGUGCAUUUGAAACUGUGAUCUCCCUCCAAGACACCAAACCUUCAGCAAACACUAUCACUUGAGUUGGGAUGAACUUUUAUGUUAACAAUUGGUUUUUCGGGGAACGGUAGGAGAAUAAACCUAAGCUUCUGAGAGGUAACACAAUGCUUAUGGAGUUGCGGAAAUGUAAAAGUAGAUUUGACCAUUUUGACUUUAAAAAUCCUAGAUCUUGAUUUCAAUGGUUGAUCCCGAGUGUGCCGAUCUUGACAUGCUUCACAGACAGUGUGUAAAGGGUAUGCUUCUUUUUGUUUUUGGAAAUUAUGAUAUGAUCGAUUGUAUCAUGUGAAUAAAACAAUGUACUCAGGAGUUUUUGUACUUUCAGAGGUAAAGAGAGAGCUUUAUAACAGUGUGCAUUGUAGGUUAUUUCUGUCUUUCAAGCAUGGAUACCUAAUUUGUUCGCACGAGACCAACCGCUGAAUGAAAGUUUCUAAGUAGACAUCUUUUUGGUUACGCACUGCCUUGAAUACCUUCCCCUGUGGCUUUUGUCAUUAGGCCUUCUUUAGUGUUGUUGACUCCUCAUUUUGCUUGAUGUUAAACCAGGAAAAAAUAUCCCCUUAGUGCACAGUUGUUUUUAUCAACAUGUCUUAAUUGCAUGAGGCAGAAUAAAGACAAUAUU